AUGCGUCUCAAAACUGGCGCAUCGGUUGCUGCCCUGGCGGCUUCAGCCAAUGCCAAAUCGCUCACCGAUUUGUGCACCGUCUCCCACGUCAAGUCUACUCUGCCCUCGGACGGCACUCUAUCUGGUAUCAACCUGAUUCCGUCAGCUUCUACUGCCAACAUUGUUUAUAAUGCUAGCACUGGCAUGACGAGCUCAAGCACCUCGACGUACAACUACUGCAACGUGACCCUAACCUAUCGUCACCCCGGCAAGACAGCCGAUGUUAUCGUGAGCCUUGGUCUCCCCUCCCCUUCCGACUUCAAGAAGCGUUUUUACGUCGCUGGGGGAGGUGGCUACGCUUUGAACACUGAUUCCACCGGUGGUCUCGAGUAUGGUGCCGUUGCUGCUGCCACAUCUGCCGGUUAUGACGCUCUGAGUGGCACUAGCCUCGACGAGGUCAAUUUGGCUGGCAAUGGUUCGAUUAACUGGGAUAACGUCUACAUGUUCAGUUACCAAGGUCUAGGUGAGAUGACCCAGCUUGGGAAGUAUGUCACCAAGAACUUCUAUGGUAUGAAUGACAACAAGAAGCUCUACACCUACUACGAGGGAUGCUCCGAUGGUGGACGUGAGGGUAUGAGCCAGAUCCAGCGCUAUGGCGAGGAGUAUGACGGUGCCAUCACCGGCGCCCCUGCUUUCCGUUACGGCCAGCAGCAGGUCAAUCACCUUUUCCCUAACCUCGUUGAGCAUACUAUGGACUACUAUCCUCCUCCUUGUGAGCUUGCCAAGAUUGUAAACGCUACCAUCAAGGCUUGCGACCCUCUGGAUGGCCGUACUGACGGUGUCAUCUCCCGUACCGACCUCUGCAAGCUCAAUUUCAAUAUGUCCUCGAUCAUCGGCGAAGAGUACUAUUGUGCCGCCGAGACCUCCACUUCUCUUGGAUUCGGCUUCAGCAAGCGUGCCGAGGGCAGUACUUCUUCCUACGAGCCCGCUCAGAGUGGCAAGGUCUCCAAGGAGGGUGUCGCCGUUGCCCAGGCUAUUAUUGAUGGUUUGCAUGACCUAAAGGGCGAUCAGGCCUACCUUUCGUGGCAGAUCGGUUCCGAGUUCUCGGAUGCUGCGACUCAGUGGAACAACGACACGAAGGCAUGGGAGCUUGACAUUACCUCCCUUGGCGGUGAGUUCGUCACCAAGUUCGUCGAGCUUGUCGACCUCGACAACCUUUCCACUCUGGAUGGCGUCACCUAUGACACUAUGGUCGGGUGGAUGAACACCGCUAUGGUCCGCUACAUGGAUAGCCUGCAGACCACUCUACCCGACCUAACCCCCUUCCAGGAGGCAGGCGGCAAGCUCAUUCACUACCACGGUGAGUCCGACCCCAGUGUUCCCACUGGCUCCUCUAUCCACUACUGGCAGUCCGUCAAGUCCAUCAUGUACCCCGGCGAGUCCUUGAGCAAGGCCGCUUCCAAGAUGUCCGACUGGUACCAGCUUUACCUGAUCCCCGGUGCCGCCCACUGCGGAACCAACACCCUUCAGCCCGGCCCCUACCCCGAGGACAACAUGGCGACUAUGAUCAACUGGGUCGAGAACGGUAUCAAGCCCCAGCGCCUGAAUGCUACUGUAUCCUCCGGCGACUACGAGGGUGAGGUCCAGAAGCUUUGCCAGUGGCCUAAGCGCCCUCUCUGGAAGAGUAAGACUCACUUCGACUGUGUCUAUGACCAGAAGUCCUACGAGAGCUGGACUUACGAGUUCCCUGCCUUCAAGGUCCCCGUCUACUAG